GAAUGGGGAAUGACCACAAAGAAACUGGUUGUCAGUUAUUUUGAAUAUUUAUUUCACUGAGUGAAUCAUAGACGAGUACAUGUCUAGUUUUAUCUUGAAGCACCAUUAUUCCUAUGCAAAUACAAACAAAUAUUCAGAUAUAUACACUGAUAAACAAAACAUGUUGCCCUUGCCUUUGAAAAUGAUUCUGAACUAAACACACGCUCAGACAGACGCGCGUGCAUGUCACGCUGAAACCAAACUAGAGGACACGAGCACGCCUGCAUAGCUGUGGUUAACGAUUUCAACAAACAUUUUAAACUGGUUAAACACAUACCAUCAUGGUCUACAUUAGUAGCUGAAAGUUUGCUAGAGAUCUUUUGGUAAAUUGUUGAGCUAAUAACAGGCCUAAUUCAUUUGCUGCUCAGUACAGAACAAUUAUUUCAAGACAAAAAUGCUGAUGCGACAUAGUUUUGUGGCAAUCCUAAGACAUUAUUUAGCAUAUUAUAUUACUGUAGUGGCAAUGGUAAAUAUGUGGCUCUUUUAAAAUGGGGAAUUAUAUAAAUUACACCUCUUAAAUAUAUUAAAUUGGCUUUGUAGACUAUGUUUUUUACAUAACAAAAUUAAACCAACCAGUGUUUGAGUCCUUGUAGAGAGAACCCUCUGCGAUUGAUUCUGGACAGGGUAUUGUUUUAAAACUGGAGCCUCAGCGAGAAUCAGGAUUUCAUGAUGUCUCAGCAGCAGCGUGUUAGUAUUUGUAUUCUUUCGUGUAACUGCGGGUUUUUGUUUGGACUGGAUGAAUGUCCUAAAGCGUGCUGACUGCAGCACAGAUAACACAGGCAUAACACAGCACACUAAACCAAGUCAGCGGGGCUUUAUUUUUUUAACUGAAUACAACAUAUAAAGUGAGAAAGUAAAAGCAUCAUGGGAAUACGAAGCUAACGCCAUUGUAUUAACGCGCAAAAUUAAAAAAAACAGCCUAACAACUUAGAUUGGGCUGUUCAAUUCAAGCAGCAUUUUGUACAUUUAGUGUCUGUCAAAUAGAUAUGGGAAUAUACAAUUACAUUAGUGGUCUUUUUUAUUAUUCAUUUAGAUAUUUUUAAACUAGGUGUAGACCGUUAGUCAGUUUGAGUAACUAUAAGGAAUAUAGUCUGCACCUCUCGUCAUAUUCACUGUAGCCUGUUUGCAUAGCCAUAAUUUGCAGUAGUACCUUAUAAAUAUAUUUGGCUGUUCGGCUGCAGCACAGUAUUUGUUUACGUUGUCUCUGCUCACUUAUAUUUAAGAAAAAUAAGUUGUCAAGCAUUCUCCUGACCUGCACAGAUUUAAAUCCUUUACUCUAAUGUUGACAACACUUGAAUAGUUCUGAGGAGAAAAGUAGAACUGAGAUAAAUCAGCAUUAAAAAAAAAAAAAAAGUGCAUGCAUACGCAUUCAUUUUAAUGAGAGUGCCAUAGUCACGUAUAUUAACUCCUGCACUGAGAAUAAAACAUCAACCCAAACAUUAGGGCCAGUAGGACUGCUUCAUUUCACAUCUACAACAUAUUGAAAUCGCAUAUGACACAACAAGACGUCGCGAUUGUUUAUAACAAUGGCUCAGGUAUGUUAUGAAUUAUUUCUUAGACUCUAAGAUGUUCAGUGUCAACAGUAAAAGAGGGUAAAAGAAAAACAGAAAAAGAACAUUAUGCUUGAUGUAAUCCUGUAUGGGUUUAGUUUCCUGUUACACCACAAUAAUAAAUAUCCUUAUAGGCCCACCAUCAACUAGCGAACAAAUUCCACCGUCUAGUUAACAUUUUGUUGCCCAUUUCAGGAAGAGAACCAUUUAAACAGCCACGUGCGCCUUCACGAGUUAGACCAGUGUAGUUAAAGUUAACUAACAGGUCUAAUAAGAUCUAAUAUAUUUGCUUUUUAACGAAUUCUGGUGCAGUUCUAUUAGAGUAGUGAAGUAAUAUGAAGAGAAAUACAAGUAAAUAAUCUGCGGGUUAAAAUGACAGAGCAGGCCGAGGUACAAGGUUUUCAUAAUUAGUGCAAGAAAUGUAUGACUGUAAUUCUAUAAUAGGAGGUCACAAAGGCGCAUUUAAGAAGAUAUGACAAUGUUACAUUCAGCAGGUCAAAUGCAAAAGGGAACAUUUGAUUUUUAGAAUACUUCACAGCGUCAAAGGUUAAACCCUAUAGUCUACUCUUUCACUCAUUUUUUUUUAAAUUCACAAAGCAGUUCACGUGUCUGUUGUGAUUUUCUUUUGAAUGACACACCUGCGUACAGCUUACCUUGCUAAAUCGGUGGCAACAACAAAGCAAAUCGAUGAAAACAAACAAACAAACAAAAAAGAACAAGACAAACUCAAAAUGCACUCUGUCUUAUGACAAAUCCUCGAUGGCCUCAUCUCCGCAGGACUGGCGCCAGGACGAAAAGGGAAUCCACACGUUGAUUGAAUUAAAUUUCUUUCCAAAUCAGAAGUUAAGUGAACUUAAACAGAAUAAAAAUUCUCCAAAGCCACGCAGUAAAAAAAUCCCUGCUGCAGCAGCCGUCCUUUGUUCCUCCUGGUGUGGGCCUGUUGUCCUGACCGGCCUGCGGUCGCUAGGUGGCGCUCUUGCUCCAUCAAAAACCCUCCAGGUUCCCCAACUUGACCGCGCUGACGUCACGUCAGUCUGGAGCAUCAAGGCCACUUCCACGACGCUAUUGGUCUGAAAAUCACAUGACAUGUCUCCCAGCAUCCAUAAUUAUGUUACUGAAUUUUUGCACCCCCCUCCAAAAGAUGUCAGCAUCCUACUGUCCUUAUUCUCCUGGAGAAAUCCCGUAGUUCAGAUCAGUGGAACACACCAAACGAUUACUGUGUUGCCAAAUGCAAAAAUGUCAUGUCCGAAUAACAUAGCGCCCGGUAACUUCCUGAUGGAUUCCUUAAUGGGAGGAUCAUCUUCCUUCAGGGGUGAGGGUUAUUCCAGCAACCCCGGAAUGUACAUCCACACAGCUGCAGAGUACGGAUAUUCAGUGAUGAGAAACAUUGGGAAGGUUGGACCAUCUGCACUCUCCAAAAGAGACGAGGUUCCUCCGGGCGGUGUGCCGCCCAGCGGCUUCCAGGAUGCGCCCUACCUGUCAACACAGCUGGCCACAUGGACCCCAGGCUCCAAAACCAGCAGGGACGAACAACCUGUUGCCCAGUGUUUACAACCCUGCUCGUUUCCAGCGGGCAACGUCAAAGAGGAGGCGUUUUGUUGCCUCUAUCAGGAUGACAGCAAUAAGGGGAAACAGACAACAGAGUCGGCCACUUACAUCCGGCUUGGGGACAAUAGCUGCCGGCCUGAGCAAACUGCCGCCUCGUCCAGCCGCUGUUUCCAGGUGUACAACGGAGAGAGGCCGCAGCAGGAUGACCAGCAGUUCCCCCCCGGCUUCUCUCUGACCCACUUGACGACAUCUGUUGAAUCAGCAGCAGCAGAAUCGACAAUAAGUUGCAGCAAAUCGGCGCAAGAGACAGCGAGAGAGGUUUCAAAGGCAGAUGAGAGUCAGAGCAGGAAGGAAGAAAAAGCCAAGAGUGACAGCUGUUCAGAUAACUCGGACGGGGAAUUAAAAGAUGAUUUAUCCGCGGAAAAGACAACGGGAAGCUGGUUAAAAGCCAAAAGUGGAAGGAAGAAGCGGUGUCCCUACACAAAGCACCAGACGCUGGAGCUGGAGAAGGAGUUCUUGUUCAACAUGUAUCUGUCUCGGGAGCGCCGCCUGGAGAUCAGCCGGAGUAUCAACCUGACCGACAGACAGGUCAAGAUCUGGUUCCAAAACAGACGCAUGAAGCUCAAGAAGCUCAACAGGGAGAGCCGGGAAAGGGAGCAGAGUGCAGUUUACAACUACUCCUGAGCAGAUUUUUAUUCACACACACACACACACACACACACACACACACACACACACACACACACACACACACACACACACACACACACAUUCACAUGCACAUUCACACUCACACAUGCAUUUGCAUACAGACAUGACAGGCACAGACACAGACAGACAUGCAUGUGUCACCUUAUAAUUCAUUCAAUAAUCAUUCAUCAGUUUUCUCCUUAUGUGCACACACCACACACACACUCACACACACACUCACACACACAGCGUGCCUUUCUAAAUCGACUAUAAAACGCUGCAACCUGCAGACUAGACUUGAGUUCCAGGUGAACACUUGCAGCAGCAGCAGGAGCAGCAGCAUUGGAACAGUGAGGUGCUAUUACCUCGCAAUGAUAAUUAUACUACAACAUGAACCAAACGAAAAGGAGGAGGCAAUUUCAAGCAGUCUAUAAAUAACUCGUGGCAUGCAAGCAGUUUCACUUUGCUGAGCUAUAAUGAAUGUUUUGUCACUUCUUCGUUGGUGUCUGUUGCUGUGGCACAUCCGUGCUGUAUAACGUGCAUGCACAAAAUGAUAUUAAGCUAUGUCAUGGCAAACGAUUCCAAAACAAUAAAAGGAGGGGGGAAAAAACGGAAAGGUAUUACCAACUUUGUCCUUCCCCUGGCAUAGUGGUGAAAAUGAGAGGGAGGGAGAGACACUGCGGAUGAGAGAAGGAGAUCAUGGCAGUUUUAAUAGAAGUGAGAGACCAUAACGUUGAUUUAAAUAUUAUCCAGGUGACCACAGUAAGUCAAGGUCAUAAAAUUCUAAUGUCAGGUUCGCCCUGGAAAGCGUUGGGGGUGGAUUUUAUGAUCUGCAAAUAUAAUGUGCCGCAGCAGUAAAGAUGCGUUUAAAGGUGUGUGUGGAGGAGGGCUAAUCCACACAGUAGAGACUGCAAUGUGCAGGAUCCAGCCGAGGCGCUGGGGCUGGAGGGAGCAAGCCGCCUCCACCCCGGGGAUAAUGGAGCUUCGCUGGAUGGGGGGGUGAGCAGAAGAUAAGGAAGAUGGUGGAUAAAGGGGACAGCGACAGCGUCGGAUGCAGGAACAAUAAUAACAACAACAAAAGCAUCACGGCAAAAACACGUGGAUAACUAAACAAGCCGGGAAGGCGUCCUGGAGGAGGCAAGUGAAGAGGGAUCUUCGGGACAGUCGCCGCCUCUACCAGCCGCUGCCUGCGCUUAUCCCCCCCCCACCUCCACCCCACCCCACCGGAGGCAAUAAAGCCGCGCGACUGGGCUGGGGAAAAGGAUCGAGGAAGCCUGCUAGAAAAAAAAAAAGACUUUUCCUCCAGCAAAAACAGACACCCUGCCUCCAUAAGCUCCUUGUCGCCGGGAUGUGAAGACAGCCAGCAGUAUACGAGAGAGAGAUGUGCGCUGUGUUGAUACCCCCCCCCACCCCCCACCUCUACUCGCCAUCGUGACCCCUCAGCUGCUUCGUUGGACCACAGAGAAGCUCCAAACUACGGAGAGUCCGCUGGGGACACUUCAUCGGGUCAAACCGAGUGGCACCAUGGAUUUCUCAGUAAGGACACGCAGGCUGCUCAUAGAAAUGUUGUCUGAAGAAAUAUCGCAGAGGCUUCUUCGGGCGCCCCAAGUUGCCAGUGGAUUACUUUGCAACUCCAGAGCUCGGUCAUUGGAGGACGGCCACACGUGACUACGGCACCCUUCUGUUCCAGGUUGAACCCAGAUGAACAGUUUCAGAGCCCACUGGAGCCUCUGGUUCACUGCCAUGCCAAGGGCAGGCUGGACAUCAAGAGCAGGAGCUGUAGUCUACUCACCAUCUGCCACUCUGGAGUAAUUUUUCCCU